CUCAAGGAGGAGGCCUUCAGGUCACACCCAAAUUGGCUCUUCCGAGUCCAGUGUCCACAGUGUGUGGUAUCAUCAGCAAAAGGGACUUACCUUCUUUUUCCAUAAGAUGGCUGAUUCCAAUCCUGGGGAAAGAAGCUAUGAUAACAUGCUGAAAAUGCUGUCCGACCUGAACAAGGACCUGGAAAAGCUAUUGGAAGAGAUGGAAAAAAUCUCAGUGCAGGCAACCUGGAUGGCCUACGAUAUGGUGGUCAUGCGCACCAACCCCACACUAGCAGAGUCCAUGCGCCGGCUAGAAGAUGCCUUCCUCAACUGCAAAGAAGAGAUGGAGAAGAACUGGCAAGAGCUACUCACUGAGACCAAGCGCAAGCAGUGAGCCACCAUCUGUCACCAGCCUGUGGGCUGAAGCCAGGGACAUGGGUCCAGAAGCCCAGAUGUGUAGCCGUGUGCAUGGUACUUGUUUCUCAAUAAACUUAUUUUCAAGCAA